ACUGUUUAGCCAAACAAGUUAAAUCACCGCGACACGUAAAAUAGCCACCCAAAUGCCUUUGUUCUUACCGAUAUGAUACCAGCAAGCGUAAUUUCUGACACAUAUGUUUACCUGCCAUUUAUUUAUGGUCAUUUAAUGUAGCGGGAAAGGCAAAAGGCAAACCUCUGGUUGAAUUACAACAGAUACUUUCUGAGCAGACUCCAACUUCCAUUGUUGUCUUUUGAGCUUUUUGAGGAGAGGCUGGAAACUUUACUCUGGUGAUUCGGUCUGUUUAAACAUCAACUGGAGGACUGAGGUUAAUUUACCUAGAGCUCAAAAUGUCGAUUUUGGGGCUUAAAAAGAAACAGCCCAAGACUUUCAAAGUCAAAGUCAUCACUAUGGAUGCUGAAAUGGAGUUCAGUUGUGAGGUGAAAUGGAAAGGAAAGGACUUAUUUGAUUUAGUGUGCCGGACAAUUGGUCUAAGGGAAACUUGGUUUUUCGGCCUCAGAUACACCGUGAAAGACACUCAUGCUUGGCUUAAGCCUGAUAAACGGGUUUUGGAUCAAGAAGUUCCAAAGGACUCUCCUAUAACGUUUCAUUUUCUUGCCAAAUUCUUCCCUGAAAAAGUGGAGGAAGAGCUUGUUCAGGAAAUCACUCAGCACCUGUUCUUCUUACAAGUAAAGAAACAGAUACUAGAUGAAGAGAUAUUUUGCUCUCCAGAGGCCUCCGUCCUUCUGGCAUCAUAUGCUGUUCAAGCCAAGUAUGGGGAUUAUGACCCAAACUUCCACAAGCCAGGCUUCUUGGCCCAAGAUGAACUCUUGCCUAAAAGAGUGCUGAUGCAGUAUCAGAUGACACCAGAGAUGUGGGAGGAGAAGAUCACAGCUUGGUAUGCUGAACACAGAAACAUAGCAAGGGAUGAAGCUGAGAUGGAGUAUCUGAAAAUAGCACAGGAUCUUGACAUGUAUGGGGUUAGCUAUUUCCCCAUCACACAAAAUAAGAGAGAUAAGGAGCUCCUUCUGGGUGUUGAUGCACAGGGACUUCACAUCUACAGCCCAAACAGCAAACUGAAUCCAAACAAGUCCUUCCCCUGGAGUGGCAUCCGCAACAUCUCCUACAGUGAGAAAGAGUUUACUAUUAAGCCAUUGGACAAAAAGAAGGACGUAUUUAAAUUCUACUCCUCACAACUCAGAGUCAAUAAGCUGAUUUUACAGCUUUGCAUUGGAAACCAUGAUCUUUUCAUGAGAAGAAGGAAAGUGGACUCCAUUGAGGUGCAGCAGAUGAAGGCUCAGGCCAAAGAGGAGAAAGCCAGGAAAAAGAUGGAACGUCAGAUUCUGGCACGGGAAAAGCAGAUGAGAGAGGAUGCCGAGCGGGCUAAAGAGGAGAUGGAACGGCGUCUAUUUCAGCUGCAGGAUGAGGCUCGUAUGGCUAAUGAAGCACUGCUGCGCUCUGAGGAGACAGCCGACCUGCUGGCAGAAAAGGCUCAGAUUGCAGAGGAAGAGGCCAAGCUGCUGGCUCACAAAGCAGCAGAAGCUGAGCAGGAGAGACAGCGGCUAGAGGUUACAGCCCUCAAGACCAAAGAGGAGCACAGACUGAUGGAGCAGAAAAUGAGGGAGGCAGAGCAGCUGGCUGUGAAACUGGUGGAGCAGUCAGAGAGGAGGUCUAAGGAGGCAGACCACCUAAAGCAGGACCUGAACGAGGCCAAAGAUGCAGAACGCAGAGCCAAGCAAAAGCUUCUUGAGAUCACCAAAACAACAUACCCAUUGAUAGCUGCAUACUCCAGCCCCCCUCCACCAUCUGGUCCUGAAAAUAUGGAAAUGCAGCUUGAGAUGGCGACCUCACAUCGGCUGGACUUCAAAGACCCUGACAUGAAGAGAUUGUCCAUGGAGAUAGAACGUGAACGGCUGGAGUACAUGGAAAAGAGCAAGCACCUGCAGGAUCAGCUGAAGGAGCUGAAGUCUGAAAUUGAGUCUCUGAAGCUAGAGGAGCAGCAGCAGGCGGGCAUCUACAACCUGAGGGGCUAUGCUGAGCCUCCCUACGUUCCCCACAGCAAUCGGAACUCUGCCUACAUGGCUCAGAUGGCCUUCUUUGAGGAGGUGUGAAUGGACAGAAAUACUACUGUAUAAGGAGCAUGAGGGAGCAAGAGAAAUCAUCACUACAGUGUGACGCCUUCACCAGAGCAUGUAACCCAACAAUGUCCAGCACAUACCCUUGCACAAAACGCUUUGGAAUUAAGUGCUAAGUGCUAUUAAUAUAUUAUGGAUAAGUAUAACAGUAGAAAUGAGUCUUAUGCACAGAUCAAAACAAGUUUUAAUGUAGCCACCACCAGCUUGUGCCUUUAAGCAUUUCUCACAGUUUUGCAUUGCCAAAAAUAUUAUCUGUGUAAGGCUGGUAGUGUUGCUUAGAUUUGUUGAAAAAAGGGGAUGGGUUUGAAAUAUCUAGAAAUCGUGUUUCAAACAGAAUUGAAAAAGCUUAGCCUUUGUUACAUUAUUUUUAGCCUGAAUUGAACUCCUGUGAAGUCCAUCUUUAGCCUCUGUCUCAUUCAUAUUUAAAUUGGCACAGGGUGCAUAUCUAAAUUACUGCCAGCUUUUUACCUUAAUUUGUUGCAUUUCAAAUAAUUUUCAGCAUCUGUAAUUUUUAUUAUAGAAUAUGUGUUAGUGCCUGAUUUUUAUUAUUUUUUUUCUCCAACCAAACAUUUUUUUGUUGUCCUACACUAGUGUCCUUUAUCGUGUCCAUGGCUAAGAAUGGGAUGCAUGCAUGGCGUAGAAGCCUAUGUACUGUUUGUGAUUAAUGUCCAGGCAUUUUACUGUGAUGGCGUAAAAUGCACAGUGUAUUCCUUGGAUAACACUGCUCAAUGAACAGUCCUGAUGCACUACCAUUUUGGCAGCUCAAAUCCUGCUUUACUGUUCAGAUUCCUCACUCAGUGGGCAUGUAAACUGGCGCACUAUGCCUAUUUACAGGAAAGGAAAAACGUAUGCCAAUAUCCAAGCUGUCUGACCCAGUUGUAAGCGUGUUUAAUAGAGACUGUCUUUGAUGCUCUAGAUGGCAACCAUAUUUAUAUUUUAGCAUACUGUUGGUGCAGAGUUUAGUAGAAUGAAAAGAACUAAUGUAACAGUUCAGACAGUUAGUUUUGUUUUGUUGUUUUGCUUUAACUGGUUAGCCAUGCAAAAAUCCCCAAAACAUGUCAAAAGAAAAAUUAGAGAGAAACUCACAGGGCUUUAAUAUGCCAAACACUAAGUGUGAUCAUGUAUUUUGGAAUAUAAGUGCACCCCCAAAAACAUUUCACCUAAUUAUAAUGCAGAUGUGUAUUUCAACAGCUUGAACUGUUUUGUGUCCUGAAUAUGUCAUGAAGUGUGAAGUAAGGUAGUCUUGUAUUUCCACUUGUAGAGGGAUGGACAGUAGUUUUAAUUCUGUUUGAAUGUGUAGAUCAUGUAAAGCAGUGACCAUGUUUACGUGUGUAAUAUUCUCUGAAUGAUUAUGUUUUUUCUGGUUAAGAUUGGUUUGUUUGUUUUCGUUAAUGAGACAUUUUGUUUGAGUCCUUAACUCAAGUAUUCUGUUCUGUUAAGCGGUUAACUGAAUACUAUGCUUCAUACCUGUCACAUAUCAAAAAGAACUACAUUUCUCCCCGCUAUGAUUAUGAUUAUUGACAGGUAAAAACCUGCUGAUCUUGAUUUGAAUUAGUGGCACCUUGCAAGUUCACUGUUCUUACAGGUAGUAAAGUUUUUACAUACUUUCAAAAUGUCAAACACUAAAUAUCUUCAAUUCUUUUGUCUUUCUGUGGUGAUGACAUGGGCAGCAUGGAGUUGGUAUUUAAUGUGAUGGUGUAAAUGUGGUCAUAGAUUAGAGUGACAGAUGUUUAGUAUUUACCCUGCCUAUUGGCUGUUUCCAAAGUAAGAAAACUGUUCAGAUUUGGACAAUUCUUCAUUAUUAACACUUUUUUUGUUGCAUAAUCAUCACAAUGUCUUAGUGCUUUAGUGAGAAACAUUCCUGUGUUAAUAGUAGAUUACCAUAUGCCCGCUAUGCACGCUAGCUGUCUUAAGAUGUCUUAAGAACAUUUUACAGCAGAAGGCAACUAUUCAUGUUUUAAUGAAAUCUGCCAAUCUCCGGCCUUGUACCAAAUGCUAAUUAUCAUUACGCAUACCACCAAGUUCUUUUGUUUGCUGCUCACUAAGUGCUUUAUUUUUGGGGAAAUAUCAACAUCUUUUAACCUCUUGAACACAAAGUGCUUCUGGAGAUUGAAUGACACUCCAUGUAAGUCUUUAUAUCAGAAGUGAGUUACAGUAUUAUGGUUUUUUGUUUGCAACUUGAGCUACAGUUACACUUACUGAUAUGGAGACCUCUUAUGCAUUGUGACAUAUAAACUAAUUUGCUAAUAAAAACUGCAAAAAGCAA